AUUCGGAAAAAAAUAUCAAGUUGUACAAAAAACUCGUGGUGAUAUCUUAAUACACGAUAAUAAAACUUCUAAACGUGAGUUUAAGUAUCUUAAAGUAGUGAAAAGUAGUUGAUACAUUGCCGUCAUCAUAAUGUCCACCGGCGGAACAAUAUUAACCGCUGAAGCAAUUCAGAUUGUCACAGUGAACGAGGAGGCACACUCGUUUAAAUUAUCAGAAGAAGAACUCACCCGCAUUAUCUUACAAGACAAUGUCAAGAAUCGUGAAGUUGUGAUUGUGUCAGUUGCUGGUGCAUUCAGAAAAGGAAAAAGCUUCUUACUAGAUUUCUUUCUUCGAUAUUUGUACGCUCGGUACGUUCAUCAAAAUGUCGACAUUAAAUGGUUGGGAAAGGAAGAUGAACCAUUAAGUGGAUUCUCAUGGCGUGGUGGUUCAGAUCGUGUCACAACUGGUAUCCACAUGUGGUCAGACGUUUUCCUUCAUGAUUAUAAAGAUGGUCGUAAAAUUGCAAUAAUCUUGUUGGAUACACAAGGCGCAUUCGACAGUUUUAGUACAGUGAAAGAUUGUGCGACUGUCUUUGCACUCAGCACAAUGUUAUCAUCUGUUCAGAUCUAUAAUUUAUCACAAAACAUCCAGGAAGAUGAUCUCCAACAUCUUCAACUCUUCACUGAAUACGGGCGUUUGGCAAAAGCCGACACUGGGGCGACGCCGUUCCAGAAACUUCUCUUCCUUGUUCGUGAUUGGAGUUUUCCUUAUGAAGCUGGAUAUGGAUCGGAAGGUGGUGAAAAAAUACUCAAAAGACGAUUAGAGAUUCAUGAGAAGCAACAUCCCGAUCAUCAAUCACUUCGUCGUCACAUUCAAGGAUGUUUCAGUGAAAUUGGAUGCUUCUUGAUGCCCCAUCCUGGCUUAAAUGUCGCAACUAAUCCAACUUUCACAGGAAAACUUUGCGAUAUUUCCAGCGAAUUUAAGGAGAGCUUACUCGAUCUGAUUCCUCUCCUUCUGUCACCUGAAAAUCUCAUCGUAAAAAAAAUCAAUGGUCAAGUGGUGCGAGCACGAGAUUUGGUGCAAUAUUUCAUUUCGUAUUUGAAUAUUUUUAAAAGCGACGACAUGCCAGAACCGAAAACAAUGCUGCGUGCAACAGCUGAAGCGAAUAAUUUGAAUGCUGUUGCGACAGCAAAAGAUCUUUACACGCAACAUAUGGAAGACUUUUGUGGUGGUAAAAAUCCAUAUCAGAAGCCACAAUUAUUGGACGUUGAACAUGAACGUGCACGUGAGAAGGCGAUUUAUCAUUUCGUGACAAAACGCAAAAUGGGUGGUGAUGAAUUCUCGGAUGAAUAUAAACAGCAGCUAAUCACUUUUGUUGAAGAAACUUUCAUUAUUUAUAAGCAGCAGAAUGAGAGUAAGAACAUCUUUAAAGCAGCUCAAACGCCGGGCGUUUUCCUUGUCGUUGCACUUUUCACUUACAUCCUGAGUGGAGUUUUUGCAUUGUUUGGAAUGGAAACGUUCUGCAACUUCAUGACCUUAAUUAUGGCAAUUAACAUCAUUGCUUUAUGUAUUUGGUCUUACAUUAGAUACAGCGGCGAGUUUCAUGAGCUUGGAGUCAAAUUGGAUCAAAUUGCUGAGAAGAUUUGGGAAUUUGCUCUCAAACCUUUCUACGAACUCUUCCUUGAAAACAAAGUUAAAGAAGUGACAACGCAAGCCGUUUCUGCAGCGACCGGUCUUUCGCGUGAAAACGUUGAGUCAGCUAUGGGCAUGUCACGACAAAAUUCAAGCUCGAAUUCGACAGUCACAAAGCGAACAACACCGAAUGGUAAAGUCAAAAGCUUAUGAGAACAAGCAAAUGCUGGUGGUACAGAUGAUGAUCCUUCAUCUCAUGGGAUUUCAUCGUUUUUCGUUAAGUUUUUUAGGAAAUCUUCUUCGUCGUCGUCGCCUUCAGAAUCAAUAGAUCUACACGUAAAUCACAACAACUUCGAAAAUCAUCAAAAACCUUCGGGAAAACGUCGAAAAAAUCGAAGAAAAGUUUAAAGAAAUGAAAAGUUUUAAAAAUAAAAAUAAAUUUUAUGUCGUGUUGUUGAGUGCCUCAUGAGACAAAACAAAAAAUUAUUUCAAGAAUGAAAUGAAGAAAAGUUUUUGUUUGUUUUGUGAAAUUUAGUGCAAGCUUGUGAAUAAUUAUUACAAAACAAAAAAUAGAAUGAAGGAAAAAUAGAAACUUGAGUGAUAAUUAAGAUUACAACAAUUUCAAAUGAAAAUUUCUCAAUUCAAUUUUAUUUCUUCUAUUUUUUCGUAACAUAUCUGAUCAUAAUCAACGUACGUAGAUAACUCGAAGUAGAAAAUUAUAUUUUAAAGAAAUUUAACGUGAAUAAAUUAAAAACUUUAUUGUUGAAGGUUUUGAAGAUUCAAUGAGAAGAUUUACAAAUAAAUCAUUAACUGAUCAUGAUGAAAACAGAUCAAUAAUUAAAUAUCUGAUGAAACAAUGGAUCAUAAAUAAUGUGCCAACAAAAUCUUGCGAUAAUCUCGCUUGUGUAAUUUUUGCAACAUUUAAUUAGCGGUUUUGUGAGGUUGCACCACAACGGAAAUUAAUAUUAAAGAAAUUACACAACCGCAAUCACCUUCACUUCUUUUUUUCCACAACACGAAUUAUAUUUGCAUUUGUUUUAAUAAUAUGAACGGUUCAGCACAAGACAACGAUAAGCAAUUUAUUAUUCAAUGAACCUUCUGAAAGAAAACUUCCUCUGAUUUGCUCAAAAUGUAUUUUAAUGAUUAAAUGUGCAUUAAUUUAAAAGAUGUUUAAAAUCCUCGUUUUAUUCUCUUAAAUACUUUCCAAUCAAUCCAAUUUCCUUUUUUAAAAAGAAAAAAGUUAAACACAAAAUAUUUAGUCAUAAGCGAAUUCAGACUAACAAACGAAACUUUUUCCCGAUUCUUUCUUUAUGAAAGUUUAACAUAUUUAAUUAAAAACAACAAAAAAAAGUUAAAAAUGUAAAAAAAUAAGAUCAAAAUUCUAAAAAAUCGAAGAGAAGGGAAAACAAUAAAAAUUAACUGAGUAAGAUGUGGUGAUUUAUGAUAAAAUGAAAUCUUUUUCUUUAUUAAUGUUUUCGUGAAGUUUCACGACAUGCUUCCGAAGACCGCUCCGAGUUUUGUAUUCCAAAUUGCAUUCUUUACAUGAAUAUUUUACUUCUUCUUUGUGAGUUGAUUGAUGAAGUGUCAAAAGUCGUUUACUCUUAAACAUUUUCAUGCAAAUGUCGCAUUGAUAGAUUGUUCCAUUGUAAUGCAUGAAUGAAUGCAUUUUAAGAUCGCGUUGGCGAUAAAAUUGAAGUUCAGGACAUUCACUGCAAAGAUAAGCAAUUCCUUGAUUCUUCGGUUCGUGAACUGACUCGUAAUGUCGUUGACCAAGUUUUUCCGUCUUGAAAGUUUUCAUGCAAAUGAAGCAACUGAAAGGCUUCUCUUGACCUUCUUCAGUGUGCAUGUUUUUGAUGUGUUGCUUCAAAUUCUUCUCCGCAAGUAUAAUUUUGCAAAAUGGGCAAUUGACGUAAAUUUUCACCACACCAUGUUUCGAUUCGUUAUGAAUUUUCAGUGAUAAAAUUGUCUUGAAACUCUUUGAACAUUUUGAACAAUGAAAAUCUUUUGUCAAAGCAUGAAUCGCUUCAUGUCUUCUUAAAUUUCCAACACUUUUAAAUCCAGCAUUGCAAAUCGAACAAAUGUAUUUUCUUGCAUUAUCAUCGUGACUGAGUUUAUGUGUUUCGUAUUUGCUUUUUAUAUCAAAUUUCCUGUUACACAAUUCACAUGUGUAAGCUUCAACAAGCACCUGUGGCUUGACCUCGUGAAUAUCAAUUGAAUGUUCAAAAAGUUUUCUUCGACUUUUAAACGCCUCCGGACAUUCUUUGCACUUGUAUUUUUGGAAGAUUGAAUGCAACUUCAUGUGCUUUAAAAUUUCUUUCUUAAAUUUGACUUUUUCACCACAAAAAUCACAAAUGUAAAUAAGAUGUGGACGACCAUUUCGCAAUUUUAUUGAUUGUGGGGACUUUCUCUUACGAAUCCAUCGUGUUUUUAGUGACUUCUCAUUUGGUUCGUUUUCAAUUUCAUUCUCGUCUUUAACAUCGUCAAAAAAUUUACCAAACAAAUCUUCAGUCUCUGAUUCCGAUUCUUCUUUUCCACUUUUUAUAUCUUUUAAUAAAUCAAUCGUGUCUUCUUUCUGGGGAUAUUUUCUAGAUGGUGCUGUUACUUGAUUUAAUUGAUUCUUAGCAAUUUCAGCAAUAUCCACUUGAUCUAAUUCUUUCGUUUCAUCGGAUUCUGCUUUCAAUUUUGGACCUUUGCAGCGAUUCAUUCGAAUAUGUUUGGCAAGACCGGUCUUAAAAGUGAAAUAAUCACCGCAGGUUUCACAUUGAAAGCUUUUCUCGCUUUGAUGUUUCUGCAUAUGAAUUUUAAGAAGGCGAUUAUUCUUAAAGAUUUGAUCACACUCAUGGCACGUUUUAAUUUCACCGUCGAAAUGAAUAAAACUAUGAAUUCUCAAUUCCUCUUUCAUUUCAAAGAAGACAUUACACAAAUUGCAUUUAAAAUGAAGUUCUUUACUUUUAUGUAUUUGGUAGUGAUGAUUAUUCCUGGCAGUUUUUGUUGGAAACAUUCUUGUACAGUGGUUGCAUUUGAAGGGAAGAUCUAAAGUAUGUUUCGUAGCAAAAUGAUUUUGAAGCAAGAUUUUUGUGCUAAACAUCAUUCCACAGGCACUACAAAUAUGCUUUUCAAUAUGCAUUUUUAAAUGUCUUCUAAAUGUAUGUAAGCUGAUGUAAGAUUUUGUACAAAUAUCACAUGUAAGAAUUUGAUUUUUUCUAUGACGAUCCAUGUGAAUUCGAAGAUAAUCUUUUGCGUUAAAUUGUUUGCCAUCAUAAUCACAAAUGUAGAUUUUGGGAGUCUGUGGAUGUUUAGUGAUCAAAUGUCGUUUAUAAAAAGCUUCAGAUUUGAGUACAGCUGAGCAAAUCUCACAGAUUAUCACUCCAUGAUUAAUCUUUUUGCUGUGAGUAUUUGCAAUGUGACGGUCAAGUUGGGUUUGUGAUGUAAAUGAUUUUCUCCUAUGACACUUGAUGCAGUGAUAUCUUUUAAUUUUUCUUUUACAAAUUGUUUGAUCAACAAUGUCAUUUAUUAAAUUUAUUUUUUGUUUUCGUUCUCUUUGG